UUCAGACAUUUUGUGUCAGCCCGGUUCACUUCGUUCGAGUACGAGCUUCCGGCUAAAAAGCCCCCUCCCUCCUCUUUUAGUUACUAAAUUCCUAUCUUUGAUUCUUGCUGUUCUUCCUCCCCUACUACUUGACUGCCAUAGCGCCCAUCACAUCCAGCGACGUUUCUCUCUGUCAUACGAAACUAAGGCCAUAUCAUAUGUUCAAGCAGGCGAGCCUUCGACUACCGACUUCACCAUGAGGGCCUCGUUCGCAGCAUUCAUCGGGCUGGCAGUCAGCGUAGCCAGCCAGGCCUCCUACCCUGGCGCGACCUACAACGGAUGUGGCAUCCCUGUAAACUUUUUCCAGACCUUCGUCCUAGUCUCGGACCAACUUGUUAACAGUCCAGUCUACUGCCGACAAAACUGCUUCGUGUCCAACAGUCGGGCAUUCGGCGCACUAUAUCAGGGCAAGUGUUACUGUAGCAAUGUAGGUGUCAACAGUAUUACCUAUGCGGCACCACCGAGAGACAGUAAUUGCACGUUCCAGUGUCCCGGACUUCCCACCACUUUCUGUGGCGGCAUGGUCGCCAACGGCGCGGUGUUUGACGUAUACGGUUUCGGUACGAUAGUUGCGACCACCUCCUCAAGCUCGUCAACAUCCUCAAGUUCAUCCUCCUCGUCCACUUCAUCCACUUCGUCAACCUCUUCCGACACGAGCAGCACGUCCACCUCUUCCACCUCCUUAACCUCUACCGACACAAGUAGCUCGACUGUUUCCGGUACAAGCAGCACUGAGACCUUAACCACCUCAACUUCUUCAUCUACUACUCUUUCGAGCUCUUCAAACAGCCAGUCCACAACCUCCACAAGCUCUGGUACCGUUUCGUCUUCAUCAUUCACUUCCACUCCAACAUCUUCUACGAGCUCCAGCAGCAGUAACACCUCACCAAGCUCAACAUCAGCCAGUUCAUCUACCGUCACUACCAACGUAGAUAGCUCUAGAACUAGCACCGGGGUUUCCGCCACCUCGACUCCGUACCCAACAAAUUUGAACUCCACAAGCACGACCGGCUCUCCUUCUUCAUGCUUUCAAGCCCAACUGAAAGGGAGACUGUGAAUACUAAUGAGGAGACAGAAGAGAGAAAAACAAGACGGGUUUCUUGCAUACACACAUGCAGUGAUCAAUAAUUCGGAAACUUGGUGUUCCUUGAGCACUACUCGAGGGCGAUACCGUCCUACAGGUCCUGGGGGUCUUUUGCAUCUUUCAUGCUUCAUUCGGUCUUGCAUGUCCAAGAAAUUGAGUCUGUGCCUAGUCCUCAACCUUAAGUAUGGAUCAAAACCUAUCGCACCUAGGUCCGUACUGUUCUUAAGGCUCAUGGUUCUCUGUAAUAAUCUUCGACACGCUUCGUGCAGAA